AUGGCCAUCAUACAUUAUACGCUAGCCAUAUCAAUAUGUACAGAAGCAGAGGCAAUAGUUUUAUCAAUUCUGUUUCAAAAUCGAGCUGCUGCUUAUGAUAAAUUGGUAGGUAAAUUAAUGACUUUGGUCAGUUUUGACAAGAAAAAACUGGUUUUUCUUUAAAUAUAGAUUAUAACAAUGGUAGUUAUUGCUUAUAUUAUACUUUCAGAAUGAUAAUGAAAAUUGCUUGGCUGAUUGUAACAAUGCCCUGGCUUUGGUACCAACAUACAAAAAAGCAUUAUCCCAAAGAGCCAGAGUACUUUCAGAAUUAGGCAACUUUAAACUCGCUUUAGAAGAUAUUACAGCUGUGAUUAUUUUGGAUGGUUUUAAAGAUCAAGGGGACCUAAGUUUUGCAGACAGUGUAAACAAAAAUUUAGGUGAUUACAAGAAUAAUUGUUAAUUUCUACAAAUAUUUGAAAUUGUAUUUAUACCAUAAGUUAAUAUUUAUUUUCAGCUAAGCAGAAUAUAGAAGAACACACAAAAUACAGAGCUUUAAAUUUACCAUCAAGAGCGUUUAUUGAUAGCUAUUUAAAAUCUUUCUGUGAUGAUCCAUUUUCUGAAGAAUUUACAAUGACAUUAUUAAAAUCAGACAUAAAGUAAAUAGUAUUUAAUAUUAAUCAUAAUUUGUUUUUAUUAUCAUAAAAAAAUGAAUAAAUAGUUUUUAUUAAAUUUGUUAAGUAUAUAAUACAAUAUAUGUGUUAAUUAAUUAGUAGAGGUUUGGAGUAUGCAUUAAAAUGUAUUCAGAAUCAAAAUUAUGAAAACAUAGAAAAUGCGUGUCAAGAAGAAUUAAGAAAAUCUGAUAAUAGUUUGAUUCGUAGAAGUUUGACAUUAAACUUAUUAGCUACUUUUUGUAUACUGCGGGGAAAUUAUGCUGCUGGUGUUAAACAUCUUACUACUGUCAUCGAAAAUCCAAAUGUUCCUAACAAG